AUGAUACUGCCCAAAAAAAUGAAGCUACUACUGUUCCUGGCUUCCCAGAUGGCUGUCUUUGUUCUAUUCAUCCUUCUGUACUCCCACAACUUCAACUCCCUGCAGAUGAAGGAAGAACCCAAGCCCACGUACAUGCACGUGCUCAUCCUGUCUUCGUGGCGCUCUGGCUCUUCUUUCGUAGGGCAGCUUUUUGGACAGCACCCAGAUGUCUUCUACCUGAAGGAGCCUGCCUGGCACGUCUGGAUGACCUUCACACAAAGUACUGCCCAGAGGUUGCAUACGGCAGUGCGGGAUCUCAUACGGGCCAUCUUUCUGUGUGACAUGAGCGUCUUUGAUGCCUACAUGAAACCUGGCCCCCGAAAACAGUCCAGCCUCUUCCAGUGGGAAGGCAGCCGGGCCCUGUGUUCUCCACCUGCCUGCAACAUCUUCCCACGAGAUCAGAUCAUACCCCAGGCUCACUGUAAGCUUCUGUGCAAUCAAGAGCCCUUUGAGGUGGUGGAGAAGGCCUGCCGCACUUACAGCCACGUGGUGCUCAAGGAGGUACGUUUCUUCAACCUGCAGGUGCUCUACCCGCUGCUGAGAGACCCUUCCCUCAAUCUGCACAUUGUGCAUCUGGUCCGGGACCCCCGGGCGGUGUUCCGUUCCCGAGAACACACCACGAGUGAACUCAUGAUUGACAGCCAAAUUGUGAUGCGGCAGCAUCUGCAGAAACUCAAAAAGGAGGAUCAACCCUACUAUGCAAUGCAAGUCAUCUGCCAAAGCCAGCUGGAGAUCUACAAGGCUGUGCAGUCCUUGCCCAAAGCCCUGAGGCAGUGCUACUUGCUCGUGCGCUAUGAGGACUUGGUCCGGGACCCCCUGGCCCAGAUUGCCCGAAUGUAUAAAUAUGCAGGGUUGAAAUUCUUGCCCCAGCUCCAGACCUGGGUGCACAACAUCACUCGAGGCAAGGGCAUGGGUGAGCAUGCCUUCUACACAAAUGCCAGGAAUGCCCUCAAUGUCUCUCAGGCCUGGCGCUGGUCCUUGCCUUAUGAAAAGGUUUCUCGGCUUCAGAAAGUCUGCAGGAAUACCAUGAAUUUGCUGGGCUACCACCUUGUCACAUCUGAGCAAGAGCAGAAAAACCUGUCGCUGAAUCUUCUGUCUACCUGGAGCCCCUAUGAGCAAGUCUACCAAGAGGGUUGAGGAGGCUCUGUCUCCACCUGGCACCAGCUUCAGCCACGUUAACUGAUGGCAGCUUCUGAGCCUUGACCGUGUGUGUCAGUGUAUGCGUGAGUAUGAGUUGUGCCCAAACAUGUUCAAGUCAAGAAAUCUUUGCGUCUCUGCUCAUAUCUAGAGAAGAGACUUAGGAACCUUAUGUGAGGGGCACACUCCACCAACAAAACAGAAGUAAUGUCUUUAUUCUCUUCUUGGCCUUCUUACCUAUGUAUAUCUCAGAGACUUUGUGGCCUGGGUCCUAUGUGGCAGUAUCACUGGAGUAAAUCCAUAAACUCUUCUGUCCACAUCUUGCCCAGUGGGAAAGGAGAGAGACAGGAAAAACCAGGGAAAUGGGUCUCCCACCAAACAGCCCACCAGCACAUUCACCAGGGAUGUGAACUCUGAGCCCUCAGAGCUCCCAGUGGAUUCAAAAAGAGAAUGGGCAACAGGGCUGGACGCUCACCUGUGAGCCUGGCCAUCACAGCUAUCGAUCACCACAAAUAUGGAAUAAAAUCUCUGCACAACAGAGGAAGCUUUUAAGUUCACGGGAUGGCUGGGCCCAAUUUGGACAUCAGUUCCCCUCAGUGUUUUCCUAUUUUAACCUGUUAAGCUGCCAUCUGUUAACACUAAAAUUCCAAAAUAAGAUUCUGUU